AUGUCGAAAUUAUUGGAAAUCUUUCUCCAUCAUCUCUGGUCCCCUUGCGCCAACUACUUGCCUCAUCUCUUGCCUUUACAGCUUAUAAGACAGCGUGCGCUUCAAGCUCGCAGACGUAAGGAGGAAGAGGAAUUGGCAGCUGCCUUUCAGAUAGCUGGCGGCGCUGGGGAGCAAGAUGCGGAUGAGGAGGAGGAUGAAGAUGAGGAAGACGAAGAAGAAGAAGAGUACUCCAGCUCUGACAAUGAAAUGGCGCCUAAACUGAAGCCCGUUUUUGUGCGCAAGCAGGACCGGAUCACCUUAAAGGACAAGCAGCGCGCAGAUAUGCUUGAGAAGGAGGCUGCUGAGGAGACGGAACGACUUGCCAACGAACGUCGACGUGACACACUCAAGAUACUGGAAGCUGAGAUUCGUCGAGAAGCCGAGGAAGCGCGUGCUCUGGAGGAUGAGCUGGAUGCGAUUGACUCAGACGACGGUCGCGGCGAUCCGAGCAAGGAACAGGAGGAGUAUGAGCUGUGGAAGGUGCGUGAACUGAAGCGUAUUCGCAGAGAGCGUGAGGCCAAGGAGGCCAUUGAACAGGAGAAGGAGGAAAUUGAGCGUAUCCGCCGCAUGACGGAUGCCCAGCGUCGCGAGGAGUUCCGCAAGAAUCCCAAAAAGAUCACCAACAAGGCGCCCAAGGGAAAGUACAAGUUCCUGCAGAAAUACUUCCACCGCGGUGCUUUCUUCGUUUCCACGGAGGAGGAAAAGCUCUUCCAGCGUGACUUUGCUGCUCCCACCCUGGAGGACCACUUUGACAAGACCAAACUGCGUGCUGUCAUGCAGGUUUGUUUUCUGAUUUUAUUGAUGAAAGACCAUGCCUGUGCUCAAACUGUUGCGCUGCAGUUUUCCUCAUUUUGUUCCCCC